GGCUGGCACUGGCUGAAGAGAGGAAGGGGGCGUCAAACCAUGGAGCCUUCGGGAGGGCACGGAGCCGGGAGCUCCUCCAACCAGGGAGCCGAGGCGCGCACCUUCGCGCCAGCGAGUGUCAACCCCUGGGGCCGGAAGCCCGCCCAAUCGACGAAGCAAAAUUUGGCGUCUUCUCAGACCUCCGCCAGCAGCCCGGCAGAGGCAAAGCUUUCUCCUAAGCCCCCAACGUCCUUUCAGACGAAUAACAUCAACAGCCGCUUUGGUGACAUCAGCAGCAGUGAUGAGGAGGACAACAAUGAGGAGAGACCUGAUAUCAGCAGGCUCGAGGCAUCGAUCUUUGGCGAUUAUGAGCUGGGGAAAGGGGCGGAUGGGGACGCUGGGAUCGAGAAGAUCCGGGACCAUUUGAUCAGCGCGCAGAGUGGCGCCGCUCGAUGUCUAAUCUGUUUGGAGAAGAUCCGAGCGACGGACCCCAUAUGGGACUGCCAAGACAGCUGCUAUGCCAUCAUGCAUCUCCUAUGCAUCCAGUCAUGGGCCCGCCAGUCUAUUGCUGCAGUGGGCCUGCGGAACACCGCCUCCGACCCCUUGCCUUCCAACGCCCCUGCAGUGGUGCCAAAGCCAAAGGCGGAUGCCAACUGGCACUGCCCCAAGUGCCGUCACGACUACCCCUCCUCUCACAUCCCCUCCGCAUACCGCUGCUUCUGCGGCAAGGAACACAACCCCUCCUUCAACCCGUGGCUUCCCCCGCACACAUGCGGUGAAACCUGCGGUCGGCCCCUGGAGUCAGAUUGCGGUCACACGUGCCGUUUGCUCUGCCAUCCCGGCCCCUGCCCCCCGUGCCCGCAACUAGUGACGGCUCGCUGUUUCUGCGGGGCGGGAGAGGACGUGCGGCGGUGCGGCCGGCAGGAGUGGGCGUGCGGAGGGAUGUGCGGGCGAAAGCUGGCGUGUGGGAAGCACUCGUGCAAGCAGCCCUGCCACCCGGGUGAAUGUCCCCCGUGCCCGGAGGCCGGCGUCUUUCCGUGCCGCUGCAGAAAAGCGGCAGAAACACGGACCUGCGCGCAGCGCGACUUCUCCUGCGGGAAGAAGUGUGGUCGGCGGCUUGCGUGUGGGAGGCACGCCUGCGAGCGGCUCUGCCAUGGCGGGAAGUGCGGAGACUGUCCACUUUCAGGCGUGCGCGUAUGCCCGUGCGGCAAGACUGAGCUAGGAGAGCUCCCGUGCGACGUCCCGACUCCCACGUGCGGUGCCACGUGUGAGAAGCUCCUCGCAUGCGGCCGCCACGCGUGCCCUGAGCGCUGCCACGUGGGCCCUUGUGUCGAGACGUGCCGCGUCAUGACCGACAAGGCCUGCCGCUGCGGCAGCCUCCGGAAACAGGUACCCUGCUUCCAAGAGCUCCAGUGCGAGCGCCGGUGUCAACGUCAGCGGGCAUGCGGGCGUCAUGCCUGCAAGCGGCGCUGUUGCGACGGGGACUGCCCGCCCUGCCCCGAGGCGUGCGGCCGCCGCCUGCGGUGUGGCAACCACAAGUGCCCCGCACCGUGCCACGAGGGACCGUGCGCGCCAUGCCCGGUGACCGUGCCGAUUGCGUGCGCAUGCGGGGGAACAACAAUCACGGUCCCCUGCGGAACGGAGAGCCAAGUGAAGCCCCCCCGGUGCAGCAAACCGUGCCCCAUUCCCCGCCGCUGCCGUCACUCCGCCGAAGUGCCGCUUCACCGGUGCCACUACGGCAAUUGUCCGCCGUGCAACAUGGUCUGCCAGGAAGACCUGGGCUGCGGACACGCGUGCCCAAAGAGGUGCCACGGGCCGCACCCUCCGCCUGGCCCAGUCUACGCCCUCCGCCACACCAAGAAGCAAAAGAAAGUCCUCGAGCAAGAGAAGUCCCCGGAGGGAUCCCCCUGCCCACCUUGCCAGGAGCCGGUGUCCAUCCCCUGCCUCGGGGCGCAUUCACACAAGCUGGUCGCCUGCAGCGCCGCGGCGCCGUUCUCUUGCGGCGAACCCUGCGGGACUGCGCUCGCGUGCGGGAACCACACGUGCGAGAAGGUGUGCCACGUUGUGAUGACGUCAGCGUCCGUUCAGAACGGCGGAGGUGACGUCGCUGAUGCGGGCGGUGCUGAGUCGGCUUCGCAGGAGCACUCCCUUGAUUCGCGGCCGGGGGGCAAAGGCAAUGGCGCUUUGCCCCACGAAACGGAAGAGGACGCGACCACUCCAAACGGGGGGCUGGCCGCUGCUGCGAAUACCCUCGACAUGCCCCCCCCGGAACCUUGCGAGCAGUGCGCGCGCAAAUGUUCCAAGCCGCCCACCCCCCCCUGCAUUCACGCCUGCCCCCGGGGAUGCCACCCGGGCCCCUGCCCCCCCUGUACGAAACUCAUCCGUCGAAAAUGUCAUUGCGAGGCGGGGGUUGCUUUAGCCAUUGAGUGUCGAGAGUUGGCGGCUGCGGAAAGGGGGGGAACCGGGGAGUGGGAGAAGCUGCUCUCGUGCGGGAACAAGUGCGACCGCAAGCUGCCGCUGUGCGCGCACACGUGUCAGGAGGUGUGUCACGCGGGGGCGUGUCCACACCCGGAGCAGUGCCGCAAGAAGACAAACGUUCGGUGUCCUUGCCGCCGGCAAAAGAAGGAUUGGCCCUGUACGGACGUCCGAGCAGCCCAGGCAAAGUCCGGAAACCAGACGCUCGAGCUCCUCUCGUGCGACAAAGAAUGCAGAAAACUUGCGGAGCAGAAGAAAGCGGCGGACGCAGCGGCGGCUAAGAAAGUGAACGACGAGCCUCGAGAGGAGCAGUCCCCGAGAAAUGCGGUAGAGGAGCGCCCGCGAGGUCGGAAAAGGGGGCGGAGGCGGGAUGAAGCGCAGGAACAGCGGAAUCUCUUUUCGGAGGACAACGCGAAGCUGCUGGUACGCGCAUCGUUGUGGGCGCUCUAUCUUUUGAUAGCCAUCAUUGUUGUGUACGUCUGUGUCAAGCUACUGGCUCGAAUGGACCAAUACAUGAAGACGACACCGCCCGCAAAGCGUCGACGACCUCCACAGUACUACUACAACGAUCUAUGAGAAAGUUGCAGAGCGGCUGAGGAAGUGGUGGAGGCAGAGAUCAUAAGCCGACCGAAGCUCGCGCUUCCUACACAGCACUGCCAACCGUGUGACGGUCUCAGAUGCGAGGAGGCUUCUGUCGAUGCAGGCUUGAUGCGACCGUCGCAAAAUCUCGUCAGGAAUUGGUCUGAUCCUUGCAUGUAUGGAUCGGGCCAGAAGGCUCGUGCAAUAAGUUCA